CUCAAUAGGCAUCAUGGCAAUAUACUGGUGGAAUAAUUUCAGGUGAUAACUGCAAGUCUACUUGUUGCUUCUAAAUCAUGUCUCAGUUAUUGGGCAUUUCGGAUUAUGUGGUCAUCGCCUUAGUGUUAGGCGUGUCUGCUAGUAUAGGCUUGUAUUUUCGAUUCACUGGCGGCCGACAAAAGACUUUGGAAGAAUUCUUAUUAGCAGGAAGAAACAUGGCAAUACCACCUGUUGCUUUCAGUCUCUUGGCGACUUACAUAUCCGCCAUAUCAUUACUUGGUAUACCAGCAGAAACAUAUCUGUACGGAGUGAGGUACAGUGUAUGCAUUUUAGGAUUGCUGGUAGGAUAUCUGUUCUGUGCUUACGGGUGCAUGCCUACGUAUUAUGAUUUAAAUGUUUCAACAACUUAUGAAUAUUUGGAAAUCAGAUUUGGCAAGACCAUCCGAAACAUUGUUGCCCUUUUAUUCGUUGUUCGUAUGGUGUUUUAUAUUGCUAUUGCUUUGUAUACACCAUCUCUCGCCUUAAAUGCUGUAACAGGUCUGUCUAUAUGGACAUCCAUUCUAUCGCUUACAGGAGUCUGUAUAUUCUACUGUUACUUGGGAGGACUAAAAGCUGUAGUUUGGACCGACGUCUUCCAAGCUAUACUUAUGUGCGUUCCUUUAAUUGCUAUUGCUGUCCAAGGAGUGUUGAAUCUGGGACUUCAAGAACUAUAUGAAAUCAAUAAGAAAGGGGAAAGAAUGGUUUUAUUUAUUAUGUCCAGUAGUUUAACGGAAAGAUACACUUUUUGGAAUUCUUUGGUGAAUGGAAUGACAAACGUAUUCGAAUCAAGCGUAACGUUACAGUCACAAGUUCAAAGAUUGCUCAGUGUGGGAAAUCUCAAAAAAGCACAAUGGUCUCUAUUUUGGGGAAUGACACUUAUAGGAGUAUUUAAAAUAUUUGCUGUUUUUUCUGGAAUGGUUAUCUAUGGAAUGUUCCAUGACUGUGAUCCAGUGUUAAAUCCUAAUGUACAUCUUGGCUCCUCAGAUCAAAUAGUACCUUAUACUGUCCUCAAGAUGUUCGGUGGUUUACUUUUCUUGCCAGGAUUGUUCGUUUCAGGAAUUUUCAGUGGUGCAUUGAGCUCUGUUUCUUCUGCUUUAAACGGUAUGGCAGGUGUGGUAGUAGAAGACUUCUUGAAGCCAUAUUGCCAAUGCACAAAGUUUACAGAUAAGUGGAUGACCAUAGUGGCUAAACUUUUGGCGAUAUUAUUUGGAGGACUCAGCUUACUACUCAUCAUUAUUGUGGCCAAUUUUCGAGGAAUUUUCGAAGCGAGUUAUAUUCUGAAUGGUCUUGGGGCUGGUUCGCUUAUCGGUAUUUAUUUACUAGCCUUGUUCACCACAACGGCUAAUGAACCUGGAACUAUUAUAGGGUUUUUCGUCAGUUUUGCCUUUAAUGCAUGGAUUGCAGUUGGUGCCUACAAAAGUAAACCUAAAAAGAAAACCUUGCCCAGAGGCACCGCUGGUUGUACAGCAACUCUAAACGAAAAGGGUUAUGAAGAGCACUUUUAUCUACAAUUCAACAAUAUGUCACUACUUAGCACCGAAGGCCAGAAUACUACAUCACUUCUGAAUACAGAAGAUAGAUACAUUUUCCCAUUGUAUAGAAUAUCACCUGUAUGGUUGGUGACAUCUGGAACGCUUAUUUCCCUCAUUGUAGGAUAUGUAGCGAGCUAUAUUAUAGGAUUGAAAAGUGCUAGAAAAGUAGAUCCAAAAUGUAUAAGUCCAUUUGUGCGAAGGCUUUAUUUUUCAGCGCAGGACAUUGAAGAUUCAAAUAAAAAAACACAGAUUGAUAUUGAGAUGACAGAGGAUAAAUCAAAUGUCGAAGAAAAAUCAAAGAAAACUCCUGCUACAGUUCAGUCUCCAACUGUUAUUUUUUCAAUUGAUAAUUCUUGAUAAAGGAAAGUUAGGAUACAAAUUGAAUUUUUGCUUGCAUUUAUCGAAUACAUCGUAUAAGUUUAAUAAUACAUGAGAGCGAAUAUAUUUAAUGAUUCAAGAAAGAGAAUACAUCUUUUGACAUUUAUUAACGAACACAGAAGGCAUACAUAUAAAGCAAGCUCAAAAGAUACUUGAGCGAGAAUUGAAGCUUUUGUUGCAACAAAAUAUUCAGGGAAAUAGCAAGAGAAUCUUCUUUUAUAUAGAGUAUCUAUUAUUAAAUGUGAUCAAUUCUUGACUUAAAGAAUUUUGAUCGCAUUAAAUGAUCAAUAAACUAUCCGAAUUGGAUAAAAUCAACUGAAAUUUAAGGGAAAAGAAUAAAAGCACUUAUCUAUAAUUUAUUUCAAAAACUACAAUAAAAAAUUCAUUAACUACUGUUUGUUGAUAAUUAUUCCAUAAAGUUCACUUAUAAGUUGUUCGUACUUAUAUUGUUUUUAAAAAUUUGUUAAGGAUGCUGCACGC